AUGCAUAGCAUUGAUGAGCGCCACGGCGCCUCGUUCCAGAUCGUCGUGGAUGUGAUAGAAAGCCGGAGGUGGGUUGAUGGCCAGCUGCAAGCCGAGGGCGGCGAGCCAGUCCUUGCGCUUUUCUGGAUCGAUACGCUGGCCCAGCGGCGGCGCCUCUUCGACACCACCAGGGCAGUUGAUGUGGACCAACCAGGUUAUGGCCCGAUGAUCGGAUCCAAACCUGAGCUCGUCGUGUGCAGACCAUUGCUGCGGGAGGAAGUUAUCAGUGACCGACGACCAGGUCAGGUCAAUAAUGGAAUUGGUUUGGUUUCGCUGGCCACAUCGAGUGGGCACAUCGAGGUCAUUGAGAAGCAUAAGGUCACGAUUUGCAGCCCACGUAGUGAACUGCGAACCGAUCGCGGUGUUAUCAUAUUGAGGGAUGGCGGACCAACUCCACGCUUGGUGGUGAAGGUUGAAAUCGCCUCCAAUAAUAAUGGGAAGGGUGGCGGGCACCGGGGCCCCCAUGAGAAGGUUCAACUCGCGGUGGAGCGUAGCUCGCCCACGGUUGUAUAUGUUAGUGACGAGAAACGAGACGUCCCCGGCAGUAAACUGCAAACAAAUGAUAUCGGGAUCAGAGAUAAUAUCGCGGCGGACAUAAACCCGCCAAUGGAUAAGGAUGUCGGAGUGAACAAAUAUGAUAGCUCGGGGAGCACGCUCACCCAAGGAAUGAGGAGUAAAGAAUGCCGUCCACUGGGGGUGGUUGAUGGUGCCAAAAAUGGCCUCGCCACCUUCUGCCCCAUGGACCUGCUGUUCGCCGAUUUGUCCCCACCAGGGUUCCUGGCAGAGAAAGACAGAGGGUUGGAGUCGAUUGAAUAUGGUAUGCAGGCGCGUAUUCUCACGCGCUGCAUUUAG